AUGGCCGUCUCUGGUGCGACGAUUAUUGCGGGCCUGCUUGUGCUGCUGGUGGCACACCAGUUCCUCUCCAAUUGGCAAUUCAACAGAAAGUAUAAGCUUCCGCCCGUCGUUCCCGGUUGGCCUCUGCUGGGAAAUGCGCUGAGUAUGCCAUUCCCUGCAGGCAUGUGGGGUGUAGAAAUGGCUAAGAAAUAUGGAGAGAUGUACACAUGCUACUUUGGAGGAAAGCCCUACGUUUUCCUAAACUCGUCUCGUGUUGUCAAUGUCCUGAUGGAGAAACGCGCCGCCAUCUACUCCUCGCGGCCUGAACGCCCAAUGACGCAGGGAAUCAUGUCGGGUGGCGCGCGGAUGCUUUUGAUGCCGCACACUAAUCGUUGGCGGAAUCAACGCAAGAUUAUGCACUCGAUCCUCAAUGGCAGGAGUGCAGAGACGAUAUUCGUGCCCUAUCAGGAACUCGAAGUGAAGCAGCUACUGUACGACCUCCUCAAGGAUCCUGAAAAUUUCCACGUCUGUAAUCAAAGGUUCUCUAAUUCCGUUAUCACACGCGUUGUCUUCGGAAGGCGAUCUGGCCUCCAUGACAAGCAAUUGAAAGACAUCCUCGACUUGGUGGAGAUUCUAGGACAGUAUCUGUUCCAUCCUCUCAAGAAUCUUCCUGAUGUCUUUCCAUGGCUUCACAGCCUGCCGAAACCUCUGCAAUGGUGGCGACGUGGUGCAGAAGAGUACUUCAACAAGGCCCGAGAUCUUUACAAGGCAGAAUUCGAUGCUUUUGAAAAGAAGCUCAAAAGCGGGACGGCGCGCCCUUGCUUCGCAGCAGAGUUAGUUGCAGGUGCCGAAAAGAAAGAAUUCAUUCUGGACGAGACUGAGAAGCUUUUCGUCUUCAGCACACUGCUCGAAGCCGGUAGCGAUACCUCGCGAAAUGCAAUCACCCAGAGCAUCGCUGCCAUGGCCACAAAUCCGGGAUGGGUGAAAAAGGCACGGCGUCUCCUCGAUGAGGUCUGCGGCGAAAAUGCGGAGCGUUUGCCGUCCCUAGCUGACCGAAAGAGGUUACCUUAUAUGAAUGCAGUGGUGAAGGAGGUACUGCGGUGGCGUCCAUUCAUCCAGACAGGCGUCCCGCAUAUGCUUGAGAAGGAUGACGAAUAUGAAGGUUACCGGUUUCCCGCCGGCACCCAAUUCGCGUGGAAUGCUUACGCCAUCGCCCUCAACGAGAAUGACUACAAGGACCCUGUCGCCUUCAAUCCGGACCGUUUCAUGGACGCCGACCUAAACAGCCCGCUCAAGGGCCAUUGGUCAUUUGGCACCGGUCGAAGAGUGUGCGUCGGUUACAAUGUUGGCGCUAAUAAUAUAUGGCUGGCCGUGGCGUGUCUACUCUACUGCUUUGACGUAACCGAAGAUCCUGACCAUCCGAUCGAUACGUUCAAUACCGUGUGGGAUGUUCAUAAGGACGCGCCAUUCAAGGCCCGGAUAAAGCCGCGCAGCCAAGCCCAUGUCGAUCUCAUUCUGAAUGCUAGCAAGGAAGCACUGGCUAGUGAUUACUGA